GAAGAAGCAAAAGAAGAGGAAGAAGAAGAAGAAGAAAAGAAGAAAGAAGAAGAAGAAGAAGAGUCUAUGAAUCACUACACACACCUUCAAGGCAAGUUUGCACAACAGAGAGAGACAGAAAAACGAGAGGAACAGAAAGAGACAGAAAAACGAGAGGAACAGAAAGAGACAGAAAAACGAGAGGAACAGAAAGAGACAGAAAAACGAGAGGAACAGAAAGAGACAGAAAAACGAGAGGAACAGAAAGAGACAGAAAAACGAGAGGAACAGAAAGAGACAGAAAAACGAGAGGAACAGAGACAGAAAAACGAGAGGAACAGAAAGAUACAGAAAAACGAGAGGAACAGAGACAGAAAAACGAGAGGAACAGAGACAGAAAAACGAGAGGAACAGAAAGAGACGGAAAAACGAGAGAAUAGAAAGAUACAGAAAAACGAGAGAACAGAAAGAGACAGAAAAACGAGAGGAACAGAGACAGAAAAACGAGAGGAACAGAAAGAGACAGAAAAACGAGAGGAACAGAGAUUUUUAGAAGAAGAAAAAAAUGGGGAAAUGAUGGAGAAGAGGAGAAAAUCAAAACGUGAUGAAAGAAUAAGCAGAGUUGGACAAGAAAAAUGAGGAUAAGUAUAAGAAAUAGAAAAAAGAUUAGAAGUGGAUAGAUGACAAAGUGAAAGUGGGAGAUGGAUCUUGAGAAGAAAAAUUAUAAUUUGAAUAAAAACGAAGAGAUGUGUAGGAGGCGGAAUAUGAAAAUGAGGAGAAGAAGAUGAAUGAAGAGAAGGAUAGAAAAUAGAAAGAGGAAAAUGAGAAGGCGUGGUAGAAGAUGAAAAAACGUAAUGGAAGAAUAAAGGAGAAGAAGGAAGGAGAAGGAACAGGAACAGACGAGAUUGAGUAACAUAUGAAUCAAGAAAGAAAAUGAAGAUGAAGAAGUAGAAAAGAUUCUUAGAUCCUUUAUAAGACGGAGUAAAAGACAAAGAAGAAAGUCGAAUAGAGAAAAUCUGAGUGGAAAAUACAGAAGAUGAAAGAGGAAAAAUAAGAUGAAGUAA